AUGCAGUCAUUACUUUUAAUUGUUGGGGUUCUGCUUUUCUCUUGCGUAGAUGCCAUCAACAUCUACGUCUUGCCUGAAGGAGGCAACGAUACUAGUCCGCUCCAAUAUGGACUCAUGUUCGAGGAUAUAAACCAUGCUGGGGAUGGUGGCCUAUACGCUGAGCUCAUUCGCAACCGAGCAUUUCAGGGUAGCACUGUAUAUCCCGCCAAUCUAGACGGCUAUGAACCGGUGAACGGCGCAGUAUUAAGCCUCAAAAAUCUCAGUAACCCCUUAUCUUCGUCAAUGCCGAGUUCGCUUAACGUCGCGAAAGGAGUCCAGAAUGGGAUAAUUGGCUUCGCCAAUACAGGCUGGUGGGGAAUCGAGGUCAAACCACAUAACUACGCUGGUUCCUUCUACGUUAAAGGCGAUUAUGAUGGAGACUUUUCAGUUUCGCUUCAAUCUAUAACCACUGGUGACGUUCUCGCCACAGCUAGAGUUAAAGCGCGUUGUGGAGUUCAUGAUUGGACUGAACAUAGGUACAACCUAAGACCUACACGACAAGCAUCAGACACCAACAAUACUCUGUCUAUAACGUUUGACACCAAGGACUUGAAAGACGAAUCCCUUGACUUCAACUUGAUCAGUCUAUUUCCGCCGACAUGGAAUAAUCGUCCGAAUGGUCUAAGGAUUGAUUUGGUGGAGGCUCUAUCUGAGCUUGACGCGAAAUUUCUUCGCUUUCCUGGUGGUAGCGAUAUCGAAGGACUCCUAUCUCCCUACUGGUACAAAUGGAACGAGACGGUAGGCCCACUAAAAGACAGAAUGAGCAGGCCUAGUGCCUGGGGUUACGAGGAAAGCAACGGCAUUGGUUUGAUUGAAUACAUGAAUUGGUGUGAUGAUCUUGGGCUGGAACCAAUCCUCGCUGUUUGGGACGGUCAUUACCUUUCAGGUGAAGUGAUAAAUGAAGCUGACCUACAACCUUAUAUUGAGGAUACUCUCAACCAACUUGAAUUUUUGAUGGGAUCUGUUGAAACUACUUAUGGUAGCUGGCGAGCAUCACUUGGUUAUCCAAAGCCAUGGAAGAUAAACUAUGUUGAGAUUGGAAAUGAGGACAACCUUUAUGGUGGUUUGGAUACAUACAUUGCUUACCGGUUCAAAGCGUAUUUCGAUGCUAUAACAGCGAAAUAUCCGGAUAUCACUGUAAUGGAAUCCUUGACCGGGAUGCCGUCCCCCCAACGUGCCGCAAGUGACUAUCAUCAAUAUACGACUCCUGACGGGUUCGUUUCUCAAUUCAGCUACUUUGACCAGUUUCCUAUCGAUAAUAGGACUUUGAAUGGAGAGGUUGCCACUGUGUAUCCGAAUAACCCGUCAAAUUCUGUGGCCUGGGGUAGCCCUUUUCCUUUGUACCCGUGGUGGAUUGGAUCUGUAGCGGAGGCUGUUUUUCUUAUUGGGGAAGAGAGGAAUUCGCCCAAGAUUAUAGGAGCCAGCUAUGCACCUACUUUUCGGAACAUCAACAGCUGGGCUUGGUCUCCGACUCUCAUAGCUUUUGAUGCAGACUCGUCACACACUAGUCUCUCUACAAGCUGGCAUGUAAUAAAGCUUCUUUCACGAAAUAGAAUUGCUCACAACCUACCUACAACCUCUAGUGAAGGUGGCAUCGGUCCCAUAUAUUGGGUUGCAGGACAAGGUGAUAAGCCGGAAUCUUACUUGUUCAAAGCCGCCGUUUACAACAGCACAGGUGACAUGUCUGUUGCUGUCACGUUCAGUGGAAGCAGAGCAAAAUCUGCGACGUUGACUGUUCUAUCAUCCCAAGAUCCCAAUGCCUCAAACUAUCCAGGAGGUCCAGAGGUAGUGCAAACCAAUGUCUCCUCGGUAGUAGCUAAAAGCGAGGGAGUGUUCCAAUUUACUCUACCAAAUCUUAGUGUGGCAGUUUUGACCACAGAGUAA